GAGUGAGUGAGUGGAGUGGAGGAGACGCUGCAAUCAGGAAGACCAUUGCCAUGGCCCGUUUGUGGCAAUACGUGGUGCGCAGAGCGGCAGAGUUAUAGUACUUACAGAGAAUCCGUUAGGAUUGAAGGACUGUCCCCUUGUCUGCCUGUCCGUGUCUGUCCACAGUCCAAACUGAAGCUCUACGCACAUUCGUGGUAACAUGUCCUCUCCCAUGUCUCCGCAAUCUUCAAUGUCUCCUCAUCCUGGAACAACACCCUCCAGAGGGAUAUUGAGUUUGAUCCAGUCUAGGCAGCAGACCCCAGACCCAUCAUCAAAGAUUGAAGGCGUCAAGUUUAAAGUAUCUGAAAAUGAGGCAGAGUCGCUAGACAAGAAUCCUUUCAAACUCGCUUCCGACACUGAUAUUUUUCUGCUUCGGGAGAAGGAAUUACAACAGAAGCAAAAGGAGCAAGAAAGACAAAAGAAUCUGAAAAUCCACGAGAAAACAACAUACACAGCUCAAGUGUAUACCAGACGCAACAACCUACGAAGACUCUUAAAGGAAGGUGAUCCUGAAACCCUAACAUCAGAAGAGGCCAAUUUAAAUAAACUCUCCUCUCUCAAGGAUGAUCCUUCCUGGAAAAUUAAUCUCACAAAAGAUCGUCAUAUUGAGAAAGAAAGCUUGGACGAUUAUAUCAACAAGAAAAGGGAAAUGUUUCUGCUCCAGUACUCACUGGUUGUUAAACGAGAGGAGAUGAGGAAGCUGGAGGAAGUUGCACAGGCGGAAGAGAAGAAACUGGAGAAAGCCGAGCAAUACCUGGAGGAAGACGCCGCCAUGUUUGAUGAGUUCUUGAAAGAGAAUGACAGGAACUCAGCAGAAGCUAUGAAAAUUGCUGAGCAAGAAACCAAAUUAAAGAUGGACAAAGUUGCAGAAAUAAAGAGAAUUACAACCCAGAUGAUGGGAAUAAAAAGUGAAAUUUCCAAGAAUGAGGAGGUUCUGAAGGAGUUCCUGAUAUACAGAGACUUUCUAAACAAGUUGUCUCCAAAGGAAUGGCUGGAAGACAAGGAGAGGAAGAAACUGUUGCGUAGCCAAUCAAGAAUGAUUACCCAUAACCCAAGUGAAGAUAGGACCAGAACCCCACCAAUUUCAAAACGAACUGAAAGCAAACCCUCAGUUCGUCCUUCUGUGCAAGACGUACGAAUACCAAGCAAAGGAACCAGUCGACAAUUUAGCGCUAGAAAAAUGAGUUCUGCUCUCAUUCAGUCACCUCCGCCCCAGCUGUCACCUGUUGUAUCACCACUCAUGGAGAAUAAGACAACUGAAGAGAUACUAACUGACAGUGAUGAGGAGCCUGAGUUGUACUUUAAGGAUCCCAAGCAACUCCUGCAAAUUUAUACAGAACUCGAGGAGCAAAACCUGUCACUCAUCCUGAACUCCCAGGAGACUGAGGAAGCCCUGGAGGAGAUCAAGCAGACGACUCUCAACACAGAACGCAAAAUGAAUUGUGAGACCGAUUUUCUCAAGCAACAGCUCAGUAUCAUAACUGAGGCCAUCGCUAAAGAGGAGAGGAGGGCUGCAGAGCUUCAGCUGAAGGCUAAAGUAUUCUCCUUUAGCCAGACCAGCAUUGAGGAUCAGGAUCAGCUGCUGGACGCUCUCAAUAGGAAAGUAGGGGAAGUGUAUCAAACCUGCAUUGGCAUCAAUGAUACCAACAUGACAACACUACAGAUGUUGACAAACUUAGAAAACCACUUGGAGGAAAUGUUUGACAAACUUGAGAAGAUCCCUCAGGACAAAGUAGAAUCUGCUGAGAAAAGGAAAGAUAAGGAAAGAAGAGCAAGAUUACGAGAGGACAAAUUGAGGGAAGAAAAGUUGCUGCAGGAGGAACGACUCCAGCGUGCUCUGAUAAGAGCCCAGACUGAUCACCGGAAGAAGGUUAGCAGGAAGCUCAUGUUCCGAUCUCAUCCUCCUAUCCUUAAGCAAAAGGAGACGAAGAACCAAGACGACGUAGAUAAAGAUAAGGAAGAAAGUAUGUUUUAUUUCACUUAGUGUAAUUGAAUGGAUCACGUUAAUGUGUUAAGUGGUCUGUUUCACUGAAGUAGGUUUAGAAUUGUUGGAUGCGAUGGUUUACAAGAACGUUCAAUUUUGAAGGUGCAAAGAAAAAUUCAUUCCUUUUCUCUUUCCCCUCCUCCAAUUCAAGAAUUUACCUACAUUCUUAACAUAGUCGCAUCACAUGGAUAAUGACCAUUAGCUUUGGGUUCCCUUUGACUCACCGAUAUACAAAAUUUAGCCAUUAGAUAUGGAAGUUUGGGAAGAUGGACGAGAAACAAUAGCAGAACGUUUUAAUUAUUAAAAUAAAAAAGUGCUUUUAAGUGAUGUAAGUGAAUGGCUUAGAAUUACCAUUUCAAUAGAUUUCCAAUAGGAACACUGACCCAGUUUAGUAUCUGUGACAUGAUAGCUUAUUAUUGUACAAUAAAUAUUAAUGAUUGAUAACUA